CGCCGUGCAGUUGUGUGUGGGUGCUCGCACAGUGGCGCGCGCGCGUGAGUAAACCGCGUAGAAGCGCGAGCCACCAAAGAGGGGUUCCCUUUACCUUACAGUCGGCGAAGGGUGCAGAGCAGCGAGCCUGGCUCGGGCUUCUUUUUCUUCUUUUUAAAUGCGUUUACGCUUGGACAGCAGCGACGGAGAGCUGCAGAGCACCGAGUGGAUACGCGCUCCUUUUGGUCUCCGUCGCGUUUGAACUUUUCUCAAAGUGAAAUGACCAGAUUUGAAGGUUAGAGUGACGCGUCUUUGCGCCUGUAGUCGUGCGCUCUCACGACGAAUUCAGCUCGCCAAUGCCCAAGGAGUGCAGGAGAAAGAGCUCCAAGGACUUCGGGUUCUCGGUGAGUGGAAUAAAUGAGGCGUCUCGUUUAGAGCGAAGAGUGGCUGCCAAGUCUUCGCAGAUUUGCGAUGAGCUCAUUGAGACAGCCGCUCAGAUCGCUCCGUCGUCCGGACCGCCGAUUGUGAUGGAUGCGCCCCGGGUACCGCAGGUCACCAUCACCCCGGAGGGGGGCGGCUGCUCCCGGGAGAUGCAGCAGGAGGACUGGGAUCGGGCGGUGGACGGUACGCUGCGCAGGAAACUGUCCAACUCCUCGAUCUCCUCCACGGGAUCCUCCGCCGUGGAGUCCGAGGAUGAUCUACUGAGUGACAACGAGAGCAAAAGCAAAGGCAUCGUCACUUUAGAGCAUCUGGUGGAGCCCGGAGAAAGCAAACCACCGUGGUGGAAGCUAAAGACGUUCGUCCACUGGCCGUUCAGUGUGUCCCAGAGGAAAAGAAUAAACUGGGUCCAGUUAGCCGGGCAUAAAGGCAACUUCAAAGCAGCAGAUGAGGGCACCAUUCUGAAAAAGUUCUCAGAGAACGAGAUGCAGUGUUUCGAGAAGCUGAGGAAUGACGCAUUGCUCCCGUUUGUGCCUGGAUACCACGGUGUUGUGGAAAAAGACGGAGAGUCUUUCCUUCAUAUGACUGAUUUACUGGCAAACUUUGACCUUCCUAAUGUUAUGGACUGUAAAAUGGGAGUAAGGACCUACCUGGAGGAGGAGCUUGUGAGAGCGAGGGAACGGCCCAAGCCGAGAGAAGACCUCUAUAACAAAAUGGUGGAGGUAGACAGCGAGGGGCCAACUCCUCACGAGCAUUCCCAGCGGGGGGUAACCAAGCCUCGUUACAUGCAGUGGAGGGAGUCCAUGAGCUCCACUAACACCCUGGGCUUCAGGAUAGAGGGAAUCAAGAAAAGUGACGGCACAUGUCGAACUGACUUCAAGAAAACAAGAUCGAAGCGGGAUGUCAUCCAAGUCUUCAAGGACUUUGUCGGUGGAAACGUCAACAUCGUGAAGUCAUAUUUGAGCAAACUGACAGAGAUCCAACAAGCCCUGAAGACAUCAGAUUUCUUCAAGCGACACGAGGUCAUUGGCAGCUCCCUCCUCUUUAUCCAUGACCAUACGGGCAACGCGCAAGUCUGGAUUAUUGACUUUGGCAAGACCACGGCAUUACCAGAGGGCCAGACAUUAAGUCAUGACAUUCCCUGGCAGGAGGGAAACCGGGAGGAUGGUUACCUGUGGGGUUUGGAAAACCUCAUCCACACACUGGAGUCUGUGAGCAGUGCCGCCGGCGCAGAAACCGGUAGCUCGGUUACCAAAGAAAACAGCCAAAAUACAGAAACACACAGCCAGUGACCUUUGAUUCAACGGGUUUAAGGAACAGCAACUAUAUUGAUGGACACUGCGGGAUGGUUUCAGAUAUGAUUGAUUGGUCGGGGUUACUUUUUUUAAAGCACAGAAUACUAAAAAUGAAAACAAGAACAUGACGGGCAUCAAACGUAGAUCCGAAGCUCAGGUUUUCACCGUUUUAAAUGUAAUGUGACCACAUUUAGCAUCGACACCGACAAAAAAAAACGACGCUGUGCGACGGAUGCUGAACAGAGGGAAGCAGGAAGUUUUGUCACUAUAAAGAAAAUGAUUGAGAAAAUGCACUGACACUAAUUCAGCCUCCUACAUGAUGAACAGAAGUAGAAGUGCAGGCAUUGUGCAUUUCACUUUCAGGAUGUUACAAGUGAAAAUGUGCCUGUUCAUUGUCUCAAGAAGAGAGCGAACGAGCACAAGUUACAGACUCAUUCUCACGUUACACCACUUACUGUAACCAUCAGCCUUCAGUGUAUUAUUAAAGGUUGGGGCGUAUGUUCAGUAUGUAACUGUUUGGCUCACAGACCUCACAGUUAUAACUACAAAAUAUAGCACAUUCCCAGUAUAGCACAGUCUACUGCGUAAUGACUGGAGUGUAUUAUGUGUGUUAGUCUCUGGUGAACUGUCUUUCAUUGUAUAGCAGAUUAUUUCUCUUUAAUCAAGUUCAUUCCUGUGAUCAAACUUGUAAUCGUUUUUAUUUCCGGUGAUGGACGUCAUCAAAUGUAAAUGAAAUUAAAAUGGGAACAACGUUUUUCUUCUAUCUUUAGUGGUGGAACACUAUUUCACACUAUAUGUGUUACGCGUGUUAGUCUGGACAGAGUUGACGGCCUUUUGCAGGGAUAUAAAUGUGUGUGACUGAUCAUACUCACACAAGUGAGGUUGAUAUAUGUUGAUUUAUUUGGGGCACAGUUAGGUGAGAUGAAAGUAAAGACGGUAUAUUGCAUAGAAUGUCUUUGCACUUUUGUUUGAGGCAUCCUCAGCUACAAAAAUACAGGAAUAAAAACUGAAAUGAGUGUGAAAUAAAAUCUACCGGGACAUAAGAAAUAUAAA